AUGGCGUUGCAGUUUGAAGCCUUCUGUGCAGGGGGCCUGGCCCCGGGCUGGAGCCUGACAGUUCAGGGACAUGCAGAUGCUGGAGAGGACAAGUUUGAGAUCAACUUCUUAACAGACACGGGAGACAUUGCUUUCCACGUCAAACCCCGAUUCUCCAGUGCCACGGUGGUGGGCAAUGCCUUCCAGGGGGGACACUGGGGACAGGAGGAGGUGUCCAGCGUGUUCCCGCUGACCCUGGGAGAGCCCUUUGAGAUGGAGGUGAGUGCAGAUGCAGAACACUUCCACAUUUACGCCCAGGAACACAAGGUACUCCAGUUCCCACACCGUCACCGACCCCUGGCCACCAUCACCAGAGUGCGGGUGCUCAGCGACCAUCGGCUGGCACAGGUGGAGCUAGCCAAGCGGAGCCUGAGCUGGGGGGACGGGGGCUACUGAGUGGACCACAGUCUCCAACAGCCAGGCUUGGCCAUCUUGUAUCCUCUGCCACCUGGAGCCGUAUCCUAUGGCUGCAGGGGAGCUGAGGCUCGGUGUGAACCCCCAGCUUUACCUUCAAUAAAA